UCUGGCAGGCAGCUCCCCCUCUCCGCUGCUCCCCUCUUUUUUCCAAGUCCCUGCAGGAGCCAAGGCCAGCGUGGGUGGCUGAAAUCUCCUCGGUAACGGGAUCUGCCUCUCCCUCUGCCGGCCUCCGCCCUUAACCUGCUGCCCCUCUCAGUCUGGCACCUACUGUCCGGCCCUCAGCCCCUCCUCCCCGCCCCUCCUGCACCCUCCUGCUCCCCCCUCUGCUGGCUCUCCAUGUCACCAUCUGUGGCACAAUCCUUCUCUGUCACUGUCCCUACCACCCCCUCUUUCUCCUUCCUCCUGCCUCCCUCUGUCCCUGCCGUUUUCUGCAUCUCUCCCUGCUCCUCCAUCCGUCCAUUCUCUCCUCUCCUUCUUUCUCCUCUGUCCCUUCUCCUUGCCAAGCAUCUCUCCUCACUCCCCCUCAUUCUGUCUUUCCACCCACACACUGUCUCCUCUCCCUCGCCUCCCUCUCUCCACCUCCGACCCACCCCCCCUUUCCUUAUUUUCUAUUGGCUUCUCAUGUCCUCUGCUCUCUCCACAUUCCUGUCACCUUGGGAAGUGACUCCUGCCACCCCCGACUGGGUGCUGUCAGAAGACCCCAUUCUGUGUCCUGCACCCUCCACGAGUCCUGGAGAUGGGGGAUGACGGACGGACGAGGUGAAGGUGGGAAGUCAGGGCUGGGGACCAGAUGGGAGAGGCAAUGUGGGCUGACGUGGCCGCUGAGGGCCUAGAAAGGGUCCGAGUCCACGAGCGCUGGAGGAGUGGGCACUGUGUGGGACACCAGCCGCUAGUAGUGCCUGGCUGCAGAAUGUUACCCAGCCCGGCGACUACAAAGGGAGCUCUUGCCCUGUGGGCAGAACCUUGAAACCUCCGUACAGCAGAAUGUCGGAACUGGACCAAACCAGAUGCACCCUGCUGUCCAGCCUCCUGGGCCUUCGUGAUGGUGCUCCUGAGCUCCCCUUCAUGCUGGGAGCGGAGCAUCUGACACACCCCUUUCACCCUUGCAGCACCCUGGGACUGGGCCAGGACUAGUUGAUUGCUGAUCAGCCUCUCCGUGGCCAUGGCCACUGCUGCCUAUCCUUCAUUGGUGCCCAUAACCUUGGACCCUGGGAACACAUCCUCUGCCUGGCCGCUGGACACUACUCUGGGCAAUGCAUCUGCUGGCACCAGCCUGGCAGGGCUGGCUGUCAGUGGCAUCUUGAUCUCUCUGGUGUACCUGGUGGUGUGUGUGGUGGGCCUGCUGGGGAACUCUCUGGUGAUUUACGUAGUACUGCGACACACAGCCAGUCCCUCGGUGACCAGUGUCUAUAUCCUCAACCUGGCGCUGGCUGAUGAGCUCUUCAUGCUAGGGCUACCCUUCCUGGCUGCUCAGAACGCCCUGUCCUAUUGGCCCUUUGGCUCUCUCAUGUGCCGUCUGGUCAUGGCCGUGGACGGCAUCAACCAGUUCACCAGCAUCUUCUGCCUCACCGUCAUGAGCGUGGACCGCUACCUGGCCGUGGUGCAUCCCACACGCUCGGCGCGCUGGCGCACGGCACCCGUGGCUCGCACAGUCAGUGCAGCUGUCUGGGUGGCCUCAGCCGUGGUGGUGCUGCCCGUGGUCGUCUUCUCAGGAGUGCCCCGGGGCAUGAGCACGUGCCACAUGCAGUGGCCAGAGCCAGCGGCUGCUUGGCGAGCGGCGUUCAUCAUCUACACAGCUGCACUGGGCUUCUUCGGACCGCUGCUGGUCAUCUGCUUAUGCUACCUGCUCAUCGUGGUGAAGGUGCGGUCGACCACACGGCGUGUGCGGGCACCAUCCUGCCAGUGGGUUCAGGCACCUUCAUGCCAGCGGCGGCGGCGUUCUGAGCGCAGGGUCACACGCAUGGUGGUGGCCGUGGUGGCGCUCUUUGUCCUCUGCUGGAUGCCCUUCUAUCUGCUCAACAUCAUUAAUGUGGUGUGCCCGCUGCCCGAGGAGCCCGCCUUCUUUGGGCUCUACUUCCUGGUGGUGGCACUGCCCUACGCCAACAGCUGUGCCAACCCCAUCCUCUAUGGCUUCCUCUCCUACCGCUUCAAGCAGGGCUUCCGCAGGGUCCUGCUGAGACCGUCCCGCCGCAUACGGAGUCAGGAGCCAGGGUCUGGCCCUCCAGAGAAGACUGAGGAGGAGGAGGAUGAAGAGGAGGAAGAGAGAAGAGAAGAGGAGGAGCGGAGGGCUCAGAGGAGGAAGGAGACGAAUGGAAAAGGCAGUCAGACUGCACAGCCUGGCACCAGUGGGCAGGAACCCAGCACAGGGGCUGCCAAGGAGCAGCAGCUUCUACCCCGGGAGGCCACAGUUGGGGACAGGUCUAGCACCCUGAGCCACCUGUAAGGACUUCAAAGGACCAGCAGGGCCUGAGAAGAACAGAGGCUGUGCCUGGCCCAGGGACAUGAGUACCAGCCACUUGCAGUGGUCUGAGCAGGCUGAGGUGACUUCAUUUGCGCAGCUCUUCUGGCUGUCUUUGGGCCGCUGAGGACGCUGGGUCCAGUGAUGGAAUGUUCAGAGGCCUGGGUUCUGCCCCACUGUUCUAGGACUUGCUGUGUGUCCUUUAGCAGGUCAUUUGCCCUCUCUGGGCCUUGCUUCCUACUUUUGACUCAGGGAUGGGCAUAAUGAGGCCUGGAUGGGCCCUGUCAUAAGAGGGGUCUGGAGGGCGUUGUUACUAGGGUGACUCUUCCAAGCCCAAGUUAAGAUGCUGUGAGCAGGUUGACCAAGAAACAAGGUAUCUUGGGGGGGGGGGGUCAGUCUGUAUCUUGACCCUUAGGGAGAUAGAGCAGGGCUUGAGGAAUUGGGGAUGUGGAUAAGCUGGGGUUUGACUGCAGCCCAAAGGAGUGUAAGAUGGUAGGAUGGAUGUGCUUAGGACCCAGGUCAGCCCUUCCCAUGCUGCUGUGUGGCCUUGGCCACUCUGUUCCUGCCUAGGCUUCUACCUCUCCUGCUGGACAGCCCAAUGUCCUCCAGGCCCUCACCCCAGUGUCUCAGUGCUGGGCCUCCUGUGCACCUGAGUGUGAGAGAAAAAGUUUUUAGGAGACAGAUGAGCCGGGCGGUGGAGGCACACACCUUUAAAAUCCCAGCACUCGGGAGGCAGAGGCAGGAGGAUCUCUGUGAGUUCGAGGCCAGCCUGGUCUAUAAGAGCUAGUCCCAGGACAGGCUCCAAAGCUACAGAAAAACCCUGUCUCAAAAAACCAAGAAAAGAAGAAGAAGAAAGAAGAAGAAGAAGAAGAAGAAGAAGAAGAAGAAGAAGAAGAAGAAGAAGAAGAAGAAGAAGCCAAGCUUCUUCUCACUGCUUGGUUCCCUCUAGGGCCUGCAUCUGACUGAUGCUUCUAAUUUUGUAUUCCUUUUCUGGGGGAGGGACCACACAUGGCACAGGCUUAGGCCACCCACAGUCUGACUCACCCUACUUAGGUCAGAUACCUGGUCCCCAGGGCAGAGACUAGGUGGCAGGCUGCCUGAGGGGAAGAGGCAUAGGAAGAAGGUGGUCAAGAUGAAGGAGAGGAAGCGGAGACAGUAGGAAGGGGAGGGGGAGAGGAGAGGAGAGGAGAGAGGAGAGAACAGAACUGGGCUGUGAUCUUGAACAGGCUUCGCCCCUUGCAGCCCUGGUGUUAGGAAGAACCUGCAGCAAGGGGCCCCUGAAGGGUCUGUGGUGCUGGUGAGAGGGGCACAGGCCACAGUGUUGAUCUUGGGAGGGGGCGUGACUCCUCAGGACACCACCCUCACCCUCCCAGAAAUGACCCUUUUGGUCCUAACCAAGCUGGUCCUUGAGAGGCUGGAGUUUCUGCCUAAACCCCCGCCCUACUCUGCAAAGAUAGGGUCCUCAGGGAACCCACAAAUCCAGAAGCUGAGAAACCUGGAUCUUCUAUUCACCUCAAGCCGCUUGGCCUGGCCCUCGUUCUCUGGGCCUCAGAGUCCUCACCACGGUGUGGAUGUGGUUCCCCAGCCCACCAGUCUGUUGGAAUCCAGGAGAAAACUGAACCACACUGGGUAGGCUACUGUUCACCACAAUGGGCCUACCUACGGGAUACAAAGUACAGGUACCCUCAGCUCAGACUCAGCCCACAUUCUGCCCCUUCUGUGAGUGGUCUCUGUGUCAGCAACCGGGGUGAAGGUAUUCAUGAGAACUGGGUUGUAGAAGGUCAAAGGUCAAGGGUCAGAGAGAACGCAGGCCACCCCAGGAGGAGGAAGUUGGCAAACUCAGGCCUGUGUGGAGCCUGAGGCCCAGCCCUGGGGUUCCUCUGAGGAGGAGCUAGGAUGGGAAGCGAGCAGUCCAACCUUUCUGGAUGAGGCAGGGGAGCUGCGUCUUGCAGAUGGAGCUGGAUGGUCAACUGGGAAAUCCUCCGCUGCUUCUGACCCGUCAAUAAAGAUAGUGAUU